UUCAAAUCAAUCAUGAACGUGAAAAGACGUAUAUUAUUACUUCUAUUUGCGGUUCUCAUCGCUAAUAUUGUAACAGCUACAUCAUAUUCCGAUUUUAAGAAAUUAAAGAGGCGUGGUGCUGAUGAUUGCAAGCCAUUAGUAGUUGCCCAUAGAGGUGCUAGUGGCUAUGUACCUGAACACACUCUUGGUGCCUAUGCUUUGGCAAUAACAAUGGGAGCCGAUUACGUCGAGCCCGAUUUAGUGAUGACUAGUGACGGAUAUUUAAUCUCACGACAUGAAAAUGAACUGGGUCAUACUACUGAUGUAUCCACGCGUCCUGAAUUUGCUGAUCGUUAUCGAACCCAAAAUGUCAGUGGAAAAAUUGUCUCAGGUUGGUUUUCAGAAGAUUUUACACUCGCAGAAAUUAAAACGUUAAGAGCUACAGAACCAAUACCACUAAUACGGCCGGGAAAUGCAAGAUUGGAUAAAGCUUACGACAUACCAACAUUCCAAGAAAUAAUUGAAUUAGUAAAAGCCUUAGAAAUAAGUGAAAAUCGAACUAUUGGAAUUUAUCCAGAAUUAAAAUAUGGCUUACAUUUCCAACGCCUAGGAUUAGCGAUGGAACCUAAAGUAGUAGAGGUAUUUCACAGAAACGGCUAUUUCGACAAAGAUUCUCCUGUUUAUAUACAAUCGUUUGAAAUCAGCAAUUUAAGAAAGCUCAAAAAACUAACAAAUCUUCGACUUUUGCAAUUAUAUGGUGCUAGAACAGGCAUGCCCUAUGAUCAAGCUGAACUUGGUACUGGGCUGACUUAUGCUCAAAUGGCAACUCCAAAGGGACUUGCUGAUGUCGCUGAUUAUGCUGCAGCUGUAGGACCAGAAAAGAGUUAUAUUAUUCCUCGAAAUCUAGCGAAUAAUCUGGGUUCACCGACGACUUUUGUGGAAGAUGCUCAUGCUGUGGGUCUUGAAGUUCAUCCGUGGACUUUUCGAGCUGAAAAUAUAUAUUUGCCUAAAGAGUUCCAAAAUAAUAAUUCACCUAUCGCAUUUGGUGACCUUGAGAGUGAAAUCAAGGCAUUUCUAGACGCGGGUGUAGACGGUUUAUUUGUCGACCAGCCUGAUAUAUUGGUUCGAGUUCGAGGACAAUGCAGUGACUGAUAUUUUUUUAAUAAAGAUUAUAUCUCAAAUGUCCUAUGUUCCUAU